CGUUGCGAUAUCAUCUAAACCCGUUAAAUACGCCACUAAUACGGUUCAAUUUGUAAAUAGAUGUAGAAUAUAAAUAUCCCUCCAGGUACCUAUUUACAAAUUAAUAAAUUAAUAAACGAAUACUACAAUGCCCACGAUAGCAAUCUCAGGUGCCUCCGGCAAACUAGGCGGCGCAACGCUCUCCGCGCUGCUCGCGCACAACCUCAUCCCCGCAUCCUCCAUCAUCGCACUAACAUCCUCACCUCCCAACUCAUCCACAUUCGCCGCCCUAGCCGCCACCGCCCCCGGCCUCCAAGUACGCCACGCCAGCUUCGAGGACCUGCCGUCGUUCGAGCAGGCGUUGCACGGCGCGGAUCGGUUCUUCCUAGUGUCGACGCCGCACAUACAGCUAGAUUUCGACCGUCUUGUUCAAGACGACGAAAAGAAGGAGAAGAAGUGGGUCGAGGUCCCCGACGGCCAAGGCCGCGAGCGGCACCAUCGCACCGCCAUCGACGCCGCGGUCAAAGCCGGCGUAAAGCACAUAUUCUACUCGAGCCUGGCGUUCGCGUACUCGCCGCCGGCCCGGUCCGGGAAGCGCACCAGCAAAGCGGCCGUCAUGCGCGCGCAUCUGCGCACCGAGGCGUAUCUGGCGCGGCUCCGCGACGAGGGCACGCUCGAGAACGUGACGGUCAUCCGCGAGGGGCUGUACGCCGAGUCCUGGCCGCUGUACCUGGGAUACUUUGCGCCCGACGGCGACGGCGACGACGGCCGGCGCGAAGUAGAAGUGCCGCUCGCGGGAGACGGGAGGGCGAGCUGGACGGCGAUCCGGGAUCUGGGCGUUGCGAACGCGGUGGUUCUAGCGGCGGCGGAAAGUGGGGAGUUUGGGAACCGCAUGUUUUACCUGUCGACUAGAGCUAGGACGGCGAAGAGCAUGGCUGAGAUGGCGGGGCUGGUGGGCGCGGCUCGGGGGCGGGGGAUCAGCGUGAGGGUUGUGGGGAGGAGGGAGCACGAGAGGUAUUAUGUGGAAGAGCGGGGGUUGGACGCCGCGGCGGUUAGGUGGUGGGCUAGUACGUAUGAGGCGCUGGAGGAGGGGGAGUGCGAAGUUGAUGAUGGGAUGUUGGAGGAGCUGUUGGGGCGUGUGGGGGUGAAGCCGGAGGGGGUGGAGGAGGUGGUGAGGAGGAUGGUUAAGGGGUAGGGGGGGUUAAUAUAGAGAGGAAAGGAGAGGAAAAGAGAGGACGAGAGGGCUGGCGUUACUGUCGAGUAUGAUUCUGGGUGAUAGUUGCACUUAGGGGGCAAGAUAAAAGCCCGUAUCGCAGAGACUAUUGGAUUAUCUCGAGGUAAAUAGGGGGCUGUAUAUAUCAGAUAGAACUACAUGCAAUACCCUCUGAUUCUAAUCUACCCGGCAGUGAGAUUCCUCUUCUCAAGUCGACAGAUAUAAUCAACAACUAUAAUCAAUAACAACAACAGAAGAACGUCCAUCUCUUCAUGCAAUUAACAC